UCCCUCCUUCGACUCUCCUGCUUCAGACCUGCUGCACAUCUUCCUUCAGAGCCACCAUGAGUCUUGGAGGAUUAUCGCCCACCAAACCGACCACUCCUGAGAUUCAGGCAAUCGCUGACCAGGUGAAAUGUCAGCUGGAAGCAAAAGUGAACCAGGCAUUCAACCUCUUUGAGGUUACUGAGUUCAGGACUCAGGUGGUGGCUGGCACCAACUACUUCCUCAAGGUCCGGUAUGCGGAGGACAAAUACGCCCACCUUCGUGUGUUCCAGAACCUUUCAGGUGAUCUCACGCUCCACGGUUAUGAGCUGAACCACACCAGGACGGACCCCAUCACCUACUUCUAGCAGCAGUGGAGGGCUUGAGAGCUUUAGGAGCUCCAUCAAUAAA